GUUGAAGUUUCGCGGGCGCCGUUGGAGACGCCUCCUUGGCCGCCAUGGAGCGGAGCGGGCCGUCGCUGGCGCAGGAGUUGAGGCGCUGGGCGGCCGAGGAGAUGAAGCUGCCGCCGGGCAAGAUCCCCUCCGAGAGCGCCGCCCGCCGGAUGUGCUCAGGCCAGUGUGCAGAGAUCUGGAAGUUCGUCAUCCGCCACGUUCGCCAUCAGAGAAAUGUAAAGAAGAUUCGGGGGAACUUGCUAUGGUACCAGCAAAUGGAUGAGACUGAGGGCAAAUCCAGGGGCUCUGAUUCAGAGAAGGAGCGCCGUAAGCAGCUGCUGCAGGGCAUUGCGCGCCUGCGGGGAGAGCUGGAGCAGAUUGAUGGGCAGAUUGAAUCAGCACAGCGUGAGCUCACAGCUGAUGAGGUCACCCUGGAAGUAGCUCAGGAGAAGAUCUGCGACACCAAGCGGCGUACGUUGCUGCUGAAGGCCUACUCAGCCCGGGUCACGGCGGAGCGCCAGCAGUUGAAGACGCGGGUGGUGCAGGUCAAGGGACGGCUGGAGCAGCUCCAGGAGAUGGAGAGGAAGGCCAAGACAGCAGUGGCAUUUGGCAGUGGGAGAGCCCCCGAGGCUGGAUUCCCCAGUCUGGAGCCUGAAGUUCUGCGUGACGUCCAAGAAGCCUGCCGCCUGCGGUUUCACUUCCUGAAGACCCUCUUUGAGCACAGCGUGUCCGGGAACUUCCCCAGCGGGAUGAGCGAAGAGCAGCUGAGCAUGUCAUACCAACACUGGCUGAGCGUCGUGCAGAAGAUCGCUGGUUCCCACCCGCCUGCCCACAUCCUCUCGGCCCUGGAGCACCUGGCCCUCCAGAACACCCACCAGCUGCAGGAACUCACCGACGGCAUCGACAUCCCUCGUGACGUGGAAGCACUCAAGUUCCGCUAUGCCAGCGCCCACCUGGAAGAUGUCUCGGAUGCGGCGGACGACCUGCCUUCCGUCCAGGGACUUAUACAGGAAGGCUGGAGUGAGUGCGAGAUGCUCUGCGUGCAGCAGCUCCCCCUGCAGGCCAAGCAGAAGCAGCUUGCGGCGCAGCUCGGAGUCAUCGUCCAGGAGAUGCACCGUCUUCUGUCUGACGGCUCGGAGCGCUCCAUCUUGGCCAGAGCCGUGUUUGAACUGGAGCUUCGGGCAGUUAAGUUGCGGGGGUACAGGGAUGGGCUGCUGAACGGCUGCAGGGCGCUGGAGGAGGCGGUGAGGACCCGUUACCAAGAGCUGCAGGGCUUACAAGCCAAGCGUCAGCGCAUCCUGGACUUCCGCCACCUGGUGAACGAGAAGCAGCAGCACAUCCGGACACUCAUCAAAGGCACCUCGUACAUUAAAUCCCAGCUGCGGAAGGAGCAGUCUGAGGUCCGGGACUUCAUUGAGAAGAAGCUGCUGACUCAAGAGCAGUGGGUGGAGCAGGAGGCACAGCGGCUGCAGAACAGGAUCGAGCGGGAGGUCCAGCAGUUCCAGGGGGUUGCCCUGCCUUGCUUGGUGUGCCGGGACCUUCCCGGGUCGCAGCGCAUCCCCGCCCACGAACUCUCGAUCCAUCGCCUGAACCGGACCGCACCGGCUGAGUACCGGGCCUUCACCAACGUCUGCAACGGGGCCUCCUUCCCCCUUUACAAGGCCCCCGACCAGCUCCUCUCUCAUGUGGCGGAGCUGAAGAAGGCACUCCUCUGUCUGCGUACCCAGCUGGGCUUGAAGCAGAGGACAAUGGGAAGCCUGCAGCACCAGCUGGAAAACACUCCAGAGCCUGACGUGCAGGCCUUACUCCAAGAGGUGUGGGCCCACAAUCAGGAGCAGGCCCGCGAGCUCCUGCCCCGGAUCCUGCGGGUGACAGAGCAGUGCAAGUGCCGCAUCGAACACUGGCCGGAGGUGCAGGCCGUGGUAGACGCCUGGUGGGAGCAACCUGGACAGUUUACGCUUCCUGGUGAACGGCGCUUCAGCUGCACUCUGCAGCAGUGGCUGGAGCGCUGGACCUUGGCUGCCAAGACAGUGCAGCAGAAGCACCAGCAGCAGCAGCGCAGCUGGGUCUGAGAGCAGGAGCCAUUUGGAAGGAACCCGUUGGAGUGGAUCAUUGAACCAUUGUGCUCGUUCCUGGAAGUAUUGGCUGGCAGGCAAAGGGGAAUAGUUUUACCCCUAACCAAUUGGAAGGAGCUAACAUCUGGGAGGAGAGGGGGGAUAUCCCCCCACCCUUCUUGGGGGAACAAGAGAUUGUCAGUGACAUUAAAGGCAAGACUGGCCUGUCUUUUUUUUUUUGCUUUCUGAUCUUUUGGAAUAAAAACCUAAAUGCA